CUGGUGCUUGCCGCCAGCAGGAAGCCACGAGCUAUGGGAACCGAUUGAGAGAACCAGAAUGGGAUUUUUCUUUGGGAUUCUUUCAGGAGUUGCUGGUUGUCACUAGAAGGCGGCUGCAUCACGAGGGUGCUGGGAUUGAAAAAGCUAUGGUGACAAACUCCUGAGCAUUAUCAAGGAUGGGAGUGGUGAGCAGCAAAAAGCAGGUGAAGGAGAAGAGUAAGGGCCAAUGGAGUCCUGUGAAGGUCAGCACCCAGAGCAAAGACCCCCCACCACUGCCACCCCUGGUCCUAUUUAACCACCUGGCUCCUACACCUCUGGACACGUGCCUGGAUCAAGAGGAGCAUUUCGUGGUGGCCCUGUACAACUACAGCUCGGUGAAUGACAGGGACCUGCAGAUGCUGAAGGGGGAGAAGCUACAGAUACUGAAGGAAGUUGGAGACUGGUGGUUGGCCAGGUCUCUCAUCACCGGAAGAGAAGGCUACGUGCCCAGCAACUUUGUGGCCCGAGUGGAGACCUUGGAAGUGGAAAAAUGGUUCUUUAGAUCAAUUAGCCGGAAAGAUGCUGAGAGGCAGCUUCUGGCUCCAAUCAAUAAGGCGGGCUCCUUUCUUAUCAGAGAGAGUGAAACCAACAAAGGUGCCUUUUCUUUGACUGUGAAGGAUGUGACCACCCAGGGGGAGAUGAUCAAACACUACAAGAUCCGCUCCCUGGAUGAAGGGGGCUAUUACAUCUCCCCCCGCAUCACCUUCCCUACUCUCCAGGCUUUGGUGCAACAUUAUUCUCAGAAAGGGGAUGGUUUAUGCCAGAGGCUGACCCACCCCUGUGUGAGCCUGGUUCCUCAAAACCCCUGGGCCCAGGAUGAAUGGGAAAUCCCCCGGCAGUCUCUCAAGCUGGUCAGGAAACUUGGGUCUGGGCAGUUUGGCGAAGUCUGGAUGGGUUAUUACAAGAACAACGUGAGAGUGGCCAUCAAGACCUUAAAGGAGGGAACCAUGUCUCCGGAGGCCUUCCUGGCAGAGGCCAACCUGAUGAAAACUCUCCAGCAUGAGAGGCUAGUUCGUCUCUACGCCGUGGUCACCAAGGAACCCAUUUACAUCGUGACGGAGUACAUGGCCAGAGGAUGCUUACUGGAUUUCCUGAAGACGGAUGAAGGUAGCAGAUUGUCCCUUCCCAGACUGAUCGACAUGUCAGCCCAGAUUGCUGAAGGAAUGGCGUAUAUUGAGCAAAUGAAUUCAAUCCACCGCGACCUGAGGGCAGCCAACAUCUUGGUGUCUGAGAACUUGUGCUGUAAGAUCGCUGACUUCGGCUUGGCCCGCAUCAUUGACAGUGAAUACACCGCUCAAGAAGGAGCCAAGUUCCCCAUCAAGUGGACUGCCCCAGAGGCCAUCCAUUUUGGGGUAUUCACCAUCAAAGCAGACGUGUGGUCAUUUGGAAUCCUCCUGAUGGAAAUCAUCACUUAUGGGCGUGUACCCUACCCAGGAAUGAGCAACCCCGAGGUCAUCCGCAGCUUGGAGCGCGGAUACCGCAUGCCGCGCCCCGACUCAUGCCCGCCCGAGCUGUACCGAGGUGUCAUCGCCGAGUGCUGGAGGAACCGGCCGGAGGAGCGGCCCACCUUCGAAUUCCUGCAGUCGGUGCUCGAGGACUUCCACACGGCAACCGAGCAGCAGUACGAGCUGCAACCCUAGACCCUGGCGCGGGGACACGGGUCCGGCACCCGUGGGGCCCGGGGAUGGCUCACACCCGUGGCCCAACCUGUAGAACAGACCAGGUGUGUUCACCUCUCAGCUUUUAUUCCAGCCCCAGCCAGCCUGGAAAGGCACGGAGGAAUUGGUACACCCAUUUCUUAGAUGAGGAAAGUAGAGGUAGAGGCGGCCUGAGAGGUCGCUCACACAGCAUGGACUCCGGACAUCCAAUUGCAGCCCCACCUUUCUCUGACAGUGUGACCUUGGGUGAGUCAGCUGGCCUCUCUGUUCCUCCGCUGUCUCAUUUGUACAGUAGGGAAGAACCAUAAUAGUACCUACCUCGUAUGUUCCUCAAGAGGAUUAUAUUAGUUAACCCCAGUAAGAUGUUCAGAAUAGGUCCUGACACACCGUUAAAUGUUUGGCAUCCUUAAGACUCCCCUGUGCUGGCGCCAAAAGCGAGAAGAGACGUCGCUACCGGUGGCUGGGAGUCCCGCUGCUCCGACCUGCGCCGUCGCACCCCUGUGCUGCUCCCUUUCUGCUAGCCCGGAAGCAGGACUGGGUCCUCCGAGACCUCCGCCCAGAGAAGCGUCCACCUGCCCCUGAUCUUGAUUGCGCUCCAGCACGUUGGGGACUUCUCCGUAAUAAAGUCAUGAGAUGUCGUUACUGGUGACAAGCCUGGACUCGCUACGUGACACAGGUGGUUUGCAUGAGUGGCACAGCGAGGGACUCGCGGAUCCGUGGAAACCGAGGCUCCCGCCCCGAGGACAACGCCGCACACCCAAAGGUCAUUGCCUUUUAGGGGAGGCUUGAGCAGAGCCAGCAGGUGGCGCCCUCACCUCAGAAAUCCUUGGGUUCCAGGUCUGAGUCGGGGACUCUUUGCUCAGCAAAACGCCCAAACUGUCGGUGAGAGCCGUGCUUUUUGGGGAUGCGUACACAGGGGAGCAAGUGCCCUGGGCUCCCAGUCUUGAGACCAUGCUCAUCAACGAUGUGUGGACAAUGACGGGAUGGUAACUCCAAAAAAACGUUCAAGCCUUUGCACUGUUCAGGAGGCUCGCUAUUUGUCACAGAUUUUUUUGUUUGUUUUAUUUAUAAUAGAUUUAUUAUAAUAGAUUAUUAUUAAAUAGAUUUAUUAUAAUAGAUUUUUCUGAGCAUUUAGGUUUACGAAAAACAAGUGGAAAGUACAAAGAAUGUCCAUUAACCCCUCACUCCCACCCCUCAAUUUCCCCUUUUAUUAACAUCUUGCAAUAGUGUGGUACAUUUGUUACAAUUGAUGAGCCAAAUUAACACAUUAUUGUUAGCUAAAGCCUGUAGUUUACAUUAGGAUUCGCUCUUUGUGUUAUGUUGUAUAGAUUUGGACAAAUAUAUAAUGACAUGCCUCCAGCAUUACACUAUCAUACAGAAGAGUUUUGAUGCCCUAAAGAUCCUUUGUGCUUCAAUUCAUCCCUCCUUCCCUCCCUUUGAACCCCUGGCCAUCAACUUGCCAUGUUUUGACUCCUUUGAUCCUGGUAACCCAAGGAAGCAGGAAUAUUACAAUGCCAUGUACGGAGGAAUAAAGAUAGGCACAAAGAGUUUGGGUAGUAUUCCUAAGCCACGCUGCUCAUUAAUGGGGGGAUGGGGAUGUGGACCCAAGCACAGCUGCUAGACUGUGGCGGCAGAGUAUUGGCGGGGAGCUGCUGGGCUGGGAGAAGCUCACAGCGGGGGCUGCCUCUGAAGGAGAACAGAAGUGACUGGGCAAAGAAAAACUCAUGUCUGUAUAGUCCUUGUGAUUUCCAGAGCACAUUCCCAUACUAUCUAUAGAUUCACAAACAGCUCUGGGAAGGCAUCACCAUUGUUAUUAUGCCUCUACUCUUUUCCAUACAAGAAGUAAAUGGCAGAGACUCCACAUCACAAAACUUGUCCAGAGGCUCUCAGCGGGCCAGUGCUGGACCCCAGAUUUGAACCCAUUCUUUGCCCCCAGCCCCUUGCCAUAAACUACUAAGUAGGCGAGAGGACACUCUCAGGAGCAGGGGGUACUGGCCCAGGUAGGUUAGGCAGGCUCACCGAGCAAGUCUCAGCUGGAGCCGUGUGUGUGUGUGUGUGUGUGUGUGUGUGUGUGUGUGUGUGUUUAGCGGGCAACGUGGUCAGAUUGGGGCUUGGACAGAUCUCCCCUGGGCAGUCCAGGGUUUGGGAGGUAGAGGGCUCUAGGGACAGAGAACCUUGUCCUCGGGGCAGUGCGGGUCCCCAGAGAAUUGCCUCUGACCUCCCCAGGAACCAAGGGCUCUUUGGGGGAGGUGGCUGCUGAGUCUUUCAGAAAAAAAUUUGCAGCUCAGCCUCCCCCAACUCUGGAGGAGGCCUAGUGCCCACAUCCCAUCUCCCCACAAUCUUGGGAUCGGGGCUGUCAGGCCCAGACCCUGGGAUGAGGGCGCAUGGCUGGAGGAAACUAAGCUGGAAUUCAGGGCACCAGACAGUCGACAGCCCCUGUAGAGGGAGGGGGAGGGUGCCAGACAGAGACAGAUCUGAGCCCAUAGGGCUCACAGAGGAGCAGGGCACUGAGAGGACCUCAGGAUGCCUUUGGAGGUAGGACUAGAAGGGCUCGUAUAAGCAGGAGAGGAAAUGAGUCCCUCCUUCCCGCUUAGCAGCCUGGACCUAUGGCCUGGCACUGCCUCCCUGCCUCUCAUGGCCCCUCUGAACUGGUAUCCAGCGACUUGGGCCCCAGCUGUCCACAAGCUGCAAGGCCUGGGGUUGGCUCGUCACCUCCCUGGACCCCACUGCCUUCCCAUAAAGAUGAAGGGGGGGUCUCCCAGUGCUUUGUAACUGCACUGUUUCUAAAAAUCACUUCAGCUCCUUGUUCUGAAAGACAGGUUUCUUCGGGUGCCUGGGUGGCUCAGCUGGUUAAGCACCCGACUCUUGGUUUCAGCUUAGGUCAUGAUCUCACAGGUUAUGGGAUCCAGCCCUGUGUUGGGCUCCAUGCUCAGCAGGGAGUCUG